UUUGAAUACACGAGGGCCUAUCAAGCUGCGAGGCAAUUGUUCAGGAUCAGAUGAGAAGAUGUGGAAUCUUCAAACCAUUUCUGCCCUUCUACUUAAUAAACAAGCAACAUCCCUGAUAAAGAAAGGAACAUUCCCCAAUAUUAAAAGAAUAAGGUUGAAAGUGGUUUCUGGGAACAACAACGAAUUAUCCAACUUGUUGCAGAGCCUACAACAGUUAACUCAUUUGUAUAAGUUGGGGAUUCUCCUUCGAGAUAGGUAUGAUAUAGGUGUAGACUCGAUAAAUGAGAGUGUGGAAAGAAACAAUGGUUGCAAACCACAAGAACUGUUACAAAGUUUAGGGCAAUUUAGUUGUCUAACUGUCUUAAACAUUAUCAAUGCCUUGGAUCUUCUGACCUGUGCCCUCACAUUUCCUCCAAACCUUAUCGAGUUAACAUUGAGAGGGAUUAAUUGGAUCACUGAUGAAGGGAUGAAUGGUUUGGAAAGUCACACCAAACUCAAAAUUUUGAGAAUUUCGGGAGAUCUAAUUUCGUCUAGGAAUUUCUUUGACCUGAAUUGCGUUGGAUGCGGCUUCCCAAGAUUGGAAGUAUUUGAAAUGGAAUAUUUGAAUGUUGGAGAGUGGAGAUUAGACACUGAUGCAAUGCCGAGGCUUAAAAGUUUAGUCAUCAUCCAUUGUGAAAGGUUGAAAGAUCUCCCCAAUGAACUAUGGUGUUUGAGUGGGUUGAGGAAAGUGGAGAUAACGAAACCCUCAAAUCAAAUGGCUCGCAUGCUACAAAAUUUAGAAAUAGGGAAUAGGAUUCAACUCGUCAUUGAUGAUCCUGAAAUUUUUAUUUUUAAAAGUAAAUUUUAAAAC